CUCUGGAGAGGGACCGGGGGGUGGGGGACACGAGCUCGCGGUCGCGGCGCGGGGGGGCGGCGGCGGCUGCUCCGCUCCCUCCUCCUGCCCCCGGCGGAGCACGGCCUGCCGGCCGGGGGGCUACGGCGAGCCGAGAUGGACCCCAACAGGAUCAUCCAGGCGCUGAAGGGCACUAUAGACCCCAAGCUGCGCAUCGCAGCCGAGAACGAGCUCAAUCAGUCCUAUAAGAUCAUCAAUUUUGCUCCAAGUCUACUGCAAAUCAUAGUAUCAGAUCAAGUUGAGUUUCCAGUGCGCCAAGCAGCUGCCAUCUAUCUGAAGAACAUGGUGACGCAGUACUGGCCAGACCGUGAACCACCUCCUGGAGAAGCAGUAUUUCCAUUCAACAUUCAUGAAAAUGACCGUCAGCAGAUUCGUGAUAACAUUGUAGAAGGAAUAAUUCGCUCUCCUGACUUAGUGAGAGCCCAGCUGACAAUGUGCCUGCGUGCUAUCAUUAAGCAUGACUUUCCUGGCCAUUGGACAGCGGUCAUUGACAAGAUAGGCUACUACUUGCAGUCUCAGAACAGUGGAAGCUGGCUUGGGAGCCUCCUGUGCCUGUAUCAGCUGGUGAAGACUUAUGAAUACAAGAAAGCAGAGGAGCGAGAUCCUCUCAUAGCAGCAAUGCAGAUAUUUUUGCCUCGUAUUCAGCAGCAAAUGAUCCAGCUUCUGCCUGAUAAUUCCCAUUACUCUGUGCUUCUUCAGAAACAAAUUUUAAAAAUCUUCUAUGCUCUUGUUCAGUAUGCGCUGCCACUCCAGUUGGUGAAUAACCAGACUAUGACCCAGUGGAUGGAGAUCUUCCGUACCAUCAUUGACAGAAAUGUACCUCCGGAGACAUUGCAAAUUGAUGAAGACGAUAGACCAGAGCUGGUGUGGUGGAAAUGCAAGAAGUGGGCAUUACACAUUGUAGCUCGUCUUUUUGAACGGUAUGGAAGUCCGGGAAAUGUAACUAAAGAAUACUUUGAAUUCUCAGUGUUUUUUUUAAAAACAUAUGCUGUGGGCAUACAACAAGUUCUAUUAAGAAUCUUAGAUCAAUACAGACAAAAGGACUAUGUUGCACCACGUGUCCUUCAGCAAACGUUAAAUUACCUGAACCAAGGGGUCAUUCACUCUGUAACGUGGAAGCAAAUGAAGCCACACAUACAGAGUAUAACAGAAGAAGUGAUAUUCUCCCUAAUGUGCUACAAAGACGAGGAUGAAGAGCUGUGGCAAGAAGAUCCAUAUGAAUAUAUCCGCAUGAAAUUCGAUGUAUUUGAGGAUUAUGCAUCCACAACAACAGCAGCACAGAAUCUCCUUUAUACAGCAGCAAAGAAGAGAAGGGAGGUAUUGCCAAAAAUGAUGGCUUAUUGCUACCAGAUUCUGACAGAACCAAACAUUGAUCCAAGGAAGAAAGAUGGAGCUUUGCAUGUUAUAGGAUCCUUAGCAGAUAUUUUACUGAAAAAGAGUGUAUUCAAGGAUCAAAUGGAGCUGAUGCUACAGAAUCACGUAUUUCCACUGUUCAUGUCUAACCUGGGGUACCUCAGGGCUAGAUCCUGUUGGGUACUUCAUUCAUUCAGCGCUUUGAAUUUUCACAAUGAGCUAAACUUGAGGAAUGCAGUAGAGCUGGCGAAGAAGAGCCUGAUUGAUGAUAAAGAAAUGCCUGUCAAGGUAGAAGCUGCCAUAGCUCUUCAGAUGUUAAUAAGCCACCAGGAGCAAGCUAAGGAAUAUGUGAAGCCUUACGUAAGACCAGUUAUGCAAGAGCUCUUGCACAUUGUUAGAGAGACAGAAAAUGAUGAUCUUACAAAUGUAAUCCAGAAGAUGAUCUGUGAGUACAGCCAGGAAGUAGCUACCAUCGCUGUUGACAUGACACAGCACCUGGCUGAAAUAUUUGGUAAAGUACUUCAGAGUGAGGAAUAUGAGGAAGUGGAGGACAAAACAGUUAUGGCCAUGGGUAUCUUGCACACUAUUGACACUAUCCUAACAGUUGUAGAAGAUCACAAGGAGAUAACUCAACAGCUGGAGAGCAUUUGUUUGCAGAUCAUCGGCCUUGUUUUGCAGAAGCAUGUUAUAGAGUUUUAUGAAGAAAUACUUUCCUUGGCAUACAGCUUGACAUGCCAGAUGAUUUCACCUCAAAUGUGGCAGCUUUUAGGUGUUCUCUAUGAGGUUUUCCAGCAGGAUUGCUUUGAAUACUUUGCAGAUAUGAUGCCUCUCUUGCAUAAUUAUGUGACCAUUGACACUGAUACUUUACUGUCUAACCCAAAGCAUUUAGAAAUCAUUUACGCUAUGUGUAAAAAGGUAUUGACAGGAGAUGCAGGAGAAGAUGCAGAGUGCCAUGCAGCCAAGCUCCUAGAAGUAAUUAUUCUUCAGUGCAAAGGACGGGGUAUUGACCAGUGUAUUCCACUCUUUGUGGAGGCUGUUCUGGAGAGGUUGACAAGAGGAGUUAAAACAAGCGAGCUUCGUACCAUGUGUCUUCAGGUUGCUAUAGCUGCACUCUAUUACAAUCCUGACCUGCUUUUGCACACCUUAGAGAACAUCAGAUUUCCACACAAUCCGGAGCCCAUCACUGCACAGUUCAUAAACCAGUGGAUGAAUGACACAGACUGUUUUCUUGGACUCCAUGACAGAAAGAUGUGUAUAAUAGGACUUAGCAUCCUAAUGGUGUUACAGAACCGACCACCUGCAGUGGAUGCUGUGGCUGCUCAGAUUGUCCCUUCAAUUCUCCUCCUUUUCCUGGGCUUGAAACAAGUUUGUGCCUCUCGAGAACACACAGAACAUGAGGAUCAUGCUAAAGAUGAAAAACACGUUGCAGAACUUAAUGAAGAGAUACCAAGUGAUGAGGAGGAGACAAAUGAAGUGAGCCAGGCAAUGCAGGAGAACCACAGUGGAGGUGGAGACGGAGGUGGAGACGAAGAUGAUGAUGACGAUGAUGAUGAUGACUGGGAUGAAGAUGCAUUGGAAGAGACUGCUCUUGAAGGGUUCAGCACACCUCUUGACCUUGAAAAUGGUGUUGACGAAUACCAGUUUUUCACACAAGCACUUUUAGCUGUGCAGAGCCGAGAUGCUGCCUGGUACCAUUUGCUGACAGCACCGCUGAGUGAGGAUCAGAAGAAACAGCUGCAGGAAAUUUAUACAUUAGCAGAGCACCGGCGAAAUGCUGCAGAGACUAAGACAAUAGAGCAGCAAAGUGACUACACAUUUGACAACAAAGGACUGAUCAUAGCAUUUAACUUUGCUGGAAGUACUCCUGGUGGAAACUGAAGGAUCAGCUACGAAAGUCAAUGAGAAGGGUUUCAUCAUUACAUUUUUUUAAACUCAUCACAACUUCUGAGUGAUAGGGGAGGGUAAUUUAAUGCUGCUGGAAGUUCUCUGAAGUAUAGCAGUGUGCUUCCCCCGCCAGAAUGCUUUUUCUAACCGGCUACUGUAAUUUACAAAUUCUUGUGGUGUUUUUAUAAUUUGAUGGACUGAAAAGGAAACAUUUGUCCUCAAGGAACCUGAAUGACUGGGAGGGGCCAGGCUGUAUCUAAUUGAGUUGCACUUCUCAGGUUUUUUGCUGUGCAGAAUUGAUAGAUUCAUAUGGAUAACAGUGCCUUCUGUUGUAUGUGGAUUGCCUGAACAAAUGGAUUUUUGGAGUGCAUUAUAAUUUUUUAAUUGUAAGAACAUUUCUCGAUAACACUGUAAGCCUUGGUUCCAUGUUUUCCUGUCAUCUACUUUUUACUACACCGUUUAACUGUUUGUUGGUUGCAUAUCUGUUGCUGGAUUCAGAACACAAUCUCAUCCCAACUUGGUGCAGGCCAAAUGUGAAUGGGGAAGUGUCUGCUGGAGCUGCAGAGCGUACACUGGUUGAGUCAGAGCGUCUUAAUGAAAUUGCAGAUUUUCCCUUGACGUAGUAGUCUUAAAUUAUUUCUCUUAGCUAUGGAAUCAACUCACUUGAGUUAUGAUGGCACGUGUGGCAGUUGGCUAUCCUAGACCUACACUGACAUUACCUCCUGCCUGCCCAAGUGGUGUGGCCUUCUCAUGUAGAUGUGCUACAUGGCAACUUUCCACUCUUUUUGUAAGGUUCAUAUAACCUGAUUUCCUGUUUUUAUUCAUUCAUUACCAUUCCAAUGGUAGUACUGAAUGCAUAAUGUGGUACAAAAUAUUUACAGUAUUUUAUUUAUCUUGAUAGAAGAAAAGCAGUCCUGGGCUUGCUUCUUACUGUUACACUUCUGUGAUAGAAUUUCUGGUCUGCAUUCCAUUUGGCUGUUCUUGUUCAGUUCUGAAAUUGAAAUUUGAAAUUUCUUUUUGGACAGAUUUUAUUUUUUUUCCUGAAUUUCAAAGGCUGGUUUCUCAUGAAUUGAAACAUAUGUCAUAGGUUUUAUUCUUUUUUUUUUUGUGAUUAUGUUCAUUUAGUGAGAAACUUAGCAUUACAAGAAACUGAUAGCAAUACCAGGUUGAGUGGGUGCCCCUUUUCUAGUUCUACUGGGGUCUCGGUGACGUAGUCAAAAUAAGUUGGGGUGCUUUAGAACAUGCAGUUUAAAUUGGAGAUAAAAUAUUUAGUCCAGUUUUUGUCUCUGUGUUAAUUUCUAUAAUACUUAAAAAUAUUUACAAAGCAACUUUAAAGCACACACCAAUGAUGUAAUUCUUCAAAGCACUGACCCAACUGGAAGGUUCCCUUUCCCAUACACAGAUUUUUAAGGAUUGUAGAUAAUUACAGAUAGCUGGCCCUGCGUGUGCUGAAGCUUUUUUGGUUUUGUUUUUUUUCCUCAGUGUCAGAGUUAUUCUAAUUCAUUGUGAUAGAUCUGAAGCUUUCUGUGCCUUGGCAUCAGGAAAAGGCCAUAGUGAUGCUGCCUUUUCCUUGCCCCAUUCUCUGGAAUCUUCUCAGUCUUGAAUUCAUGGCAUAGAAGAUUCCACUCUGUUUUCCUUGUUCCUGCUCUUUGGUGUGAGACUUAAUCCUGCACUGUUCUCUGAUGCUGCUUCUUUUUCUUCCACAGCAGCUGCAGAGUAGAAGUGGUUCAUGUCGGCUUUUCACUGCUAUUAUUCACUUGAUAGCAACAAUGAAAAUUUCCCACUUUUUGGUCUGUUGUAUGUAUGGAAAACGGCGAAAACUCCAGGGUCUGUAUUUUCAGAAAAGAAAAAUGCAUUGAAGAGCAUUGGAGAGGCUCUUACAAGUUGAACAGCAGAGGGCAGGAAGGCCAGGAAAAUCAUAGGUCACUUUGGCUGAUUUAGGCCUGGAGGUUUAUUUACUAAAGGACAGGAUGGUAUUACAUCCACUUUGUCAGUGAGUUUCUCAGAAACUGUGGAAGUUUUUAAAUCUUUACAAAUUUAGUGUUUUUUGGAAGUUGAGGGUAUGGACAACUUCUGUCUGACAACUGAAGUUAAAUAUUGGGUAGGUAAACUGUUUGAGACCUUUAUUACUUUAUUUAACAAGAGAUUGUUGAACAGAAUUUCUUUUAAAACCUGAUUUCCUCUUCUACACUGGCAUGCAGAGUAAAGGGGGGAUUUGUUUUUCUUUUGCUAAUAAGUUUGCUUGCACAAUCACAAGUUAAUAGUUAGAAGUUAAUGUAUUCAAGGAAAAAUCUGCUUUUGCAUAGCACCAUCUCUGUGUCACUCAGCUGAACUGUGGCUGCUCCCUGGUUCUGCUUCUUGUGUACUUUUCAAGUCAACUGCCAGGAAAAUUUCAUCCAGAUGUUUCUUAUAAGGGGUUUAAUCAGCUGCACGGAGUCGGGAAUUUUUGUUGUCCAAUUUGCAGUGGGGGUCAGAGAUAUCUGAGGGGAUGGCAUGUAAAAAGGUUAAAUGCCCUUCCCUUCCCAGGAGAUUCAUGAGCAAAUGUUUCUACUGGCAAAAGCAAAUGUCGAUUAUUUCAUUUCUUUUCUUGAAAAAGGAUUCCACCCAAAAAGAUGUGCUGGGCUCUAGCCUCCACUUUAACAUAUGGGUCUCUUUUAACAUGAUAAAUAUCUGUUUGUACAUGAUCAUAAAUAGAUAAUGGAUUUUAGGGAUUUCUUUCUGAGUCGUGUCCAGCUUUGUACUACAUUAAAAAGAGAGUAACACAAACGUGCAUUACUGUCUGACUUUCCAGCCAAGGUAAUAAUGGGAUAUCACAUACCAGCAUUGGCCAGCCAAGCAUGAUGGCCACUGGAAGCAUAGAGAAUCAUGAACAUGUUGUAAAAUACAUUUAAAAUCAAAGGACUGCUAAGAACUGACCAGUGUUGUCCCAUAGCUGUGUUCCAAAAGCGUGAAGGUCACUUGUGGACAUCAGGAGGGCUUUACGUAUGUAAUUAGCAUUGUGUUGGUUAUAAUCACAUCAAAUAUUAAUCUAAAUAAUAACUUUAUUUUCCAGAUUAAAUUAACCCAUCCUGGGUAUUGAAUUGCUUAUGCUGUUUUGUCACUCUUGAGAGGAAAAUAAGAAUCACCACAUGUUUGGGAUGCUUCUUUUUGUUCUCUUUCUUUUGAAGUCAAAGUAUUUGAUUUACCUUCCAUACAACAGCAAAAUCUUUCAACAAAAUGGCUCCAGGAAGAGGGCAGAAUAUCAAGCUGAAAACAAGUCUAAAAAAACAUAAAAACAACUUUGCUUGUGCACACAGUCAGAUUGAAGUAGAUGUGUGUUGGAAUACAAGUCAGAAUACUCAAAGAAUGUUAACAAAGUGAUAUUUUGACAUUCUUGGUUUUGGAGGGAAAGGGUGUCUGCGUGAGACAUGAAAUGAACCACUUUAGGACAUGCCAUUUACCUAUGAAGUCCAGGCAGUGUGUGGUUCUGGAUUCCAUCAUACAUUGUAGAGGACGGAAGGUAGGACUGUAAAGAAUUUUAUUGCGUUAUCUUUUUUUUUGUUGUUCCUUUUACUAUGGAGCAAGUGUCUGUAUUGAGACUUGUGAGCCAAAGGAACUGUAGACAACAUGAAUGAUUAACUAUCUUUUGUUUCCAGAACACUUUUCAGCCUUUUUUCUUUCCUCAUUUCCUUCCCUUUGCCAACCAUUGUUAGCAGAUACUUCAGGGGAUAUACAAAAUACUUGAAAAAAAUUAAACUUCUGCAAAAUUUGUUAAAUCCCAUUGAUCCUGAAACCAUGGAACCUAUCUCUAGGUCUAUUUCUAUGUCUAGAACAUUCCUAUCUCUAGAACAAAGUUUCUUAUUUAACAUAUGCAGGUGAUAAAGAACUCCAAAAGCCCUCACUUUUGUCUGAAGUUUGAGAGGAACCUUUCUGUGAUUUACUACUUAAAAUGGGCAGAUUCCAAAAUGGUAUUUUGAAAUCCCCAGACCUUGCACUUAGGUUUGCUCAAAUGAUAGCCAAAAACAUACUAUGCAAUUGGGAUACUGAGCCCUAGUUCUGGUUUAUGCAGUAGUUGAUCUUUCAGUAGCGUUAGUCAGUCUCACAUUGGGUUCCUCAACAGUUUCUGCCUACAAAUGACAUAAAACAAGUCAAAGAGGUUGUUUAUCUUUGCAGCUCCAUACGGAAUCACAUUUCCUUCAUUGUGGCAAAGCAUGGAGUAGGUAUUGGUACCAAGGUCUUGAUAGCGUGAAUGAAAACAGCACCCUCUUCUCUCACAUGUCAAGUCUAAACCCAAACAGAUGGGAAACAGUAAAUGUGGAUGUUCUGAUGUGCUAGAAGAAGCUAAACGCUAUGCCAGAUACCAGAAAGCCUUAGCAUAAAAUCAUAUCAUAAAAAGGAUGUAUGAACAGGCCAAGCUGCUUGCAUUUGACGUCUCUUCAACUGCUAUUACUUAUGUAAAAUGCAAACCACCCACCCCAUAAAACAAACAAAAAUCCACUGACAAAUAAAAUCGCAGUGUUAAAAUGACUGAGAACUAAAGAAGUGUUUGUGCACUAGGUGGAUAGAAACUUCGCUGGCAUGCAGAUCUAUUCAGGAUGCUCAAUAUAAAUGCACUGAGUUACUUUUAAAAUAGAAAAUGCAAUAUCUGUGCAGAUGUCAGCAACAUGUAUCUGACAGCCAUUACUGCAAGGUAAAGACUUUGUGGCGCUUUCUGCAGCAGAGAACAAGUGUGUCCCCUUAUUUAGUCUGGUUUAUUUAGAUAUUUAGUCUGGCUGUUUUAAUUUUCAGUCCUUUUUUGUCCUCACGAUGGAUAGGCCUAUGAAUUUUUCACAAGCUCGCUUACCAUUGAAGGUGAUGACCUGGGAAUUGCGCCUCAUUUUCAGAUGUUUUCAGCAUGAUUGUGUUAGUAAAGCUGCACGUGUCCCUUUUUCUCUACUUUCUACACUCAGAGAUUGUGGAAAUGGACCUCGGAGGAGGAUGGAUGGUGCUUCAAAAGGAGAAGACUGUGUACAAACAGGUUGUUUUCAGAAAACAGAACAGUAGCCUCUGAAGAAAAUAGGAAACAAUAAAUAUUUACACAAAAGCUCACAAGGUAAAGAAAUGGACGUAGAACAAUCUAAGUUAGGUUCUGUUCUUUGAUCGUGGCUUUAGUUUUUUUAUUGUUGACAAACAUUUUGUGGAAAUCGCUUUGGGUUGUACUUGCUGUUGGUAAUGCACUUUGCGUAAAAACCACCUGAGAUAUUUUGGUUUUAGAAAGAGACCGUGCAGAUUUCUUCUGAUGAUUAAACACAAAGGUAACAGCCCACGUUUGUAAUGACGAGGGGGAGAUCACUGUGUUACGCUGUCAGGUUGGGUUGCAGGAUGGUCACCUUUGUAGAAGCCUAAAAUAGUGAACUGUGGGUUGGCUUUGAGGGCAGAGAAUUGACAAAUGCAAAGCAUGCAUUGAUGACAAGAAGAAUCUCUUCCUAACUUGAAGAAUUAUGUAUAACGUUCUCUUAGGCUGCACUGAAUUUGCAUUAAAAAUAGUAAUAAAUCUUACUGUUUAGGUCAAA